CAACAAAUCAAGCUGCUGUUGCGUCUGCGCAGGAGUCAAGUCAGAGCUGAUUACUGCUGUCAGGGCGGUGGCCAAAGAAGGGUCCUCGGAAGAGACUGGUAUGGACUCGACGAACGCAUAUGCUUGUCCCCGGUGCCACCAAAGAACGUGUUCUUUAGCUACCCUUUUCCGGCACUUUUGCACAUGGCAUGGUGCAGAGAGUAACUGGCAUUGCAAUCUGGAAGGCUGCGUCAAGACUUACAGACUGUAUAGCACCUUCCGGAAGCAUGUCAGGCAACACCACAACCAUUUGUUCCUAACAAGUACCAGUGAGACCCCUGUGGAGCCAGUACACUUCAACAGUGCACAUGGUGCAAUGGAGGACUCCUUCAGUGUGUCCAGUGAUGAAGAGCCUGAACAGGGAUGUAGCAGCAAUACUGCGGUGCUUGACACCAGUGAUCAAUGUGCAAUGCAUUUGUCCUCUCUGCUGUUGAAGUGGCAAGAGGGAAGACAAUUACCGGAAAGCACGACUAAUGAAAUUGCCAAUGAUUUGCUCCACUUCAUUACAGAGUUCAAAGCGACAUUUAAUUCAGUGGAAAUUACAAGGCUUGAGCAUCUUGCAACGAAGUCUGGACGGGAGAACUAUUGGAAAAGCGUAUUUCCUUUUGUGUCUCCCAAAACCAUGUAUCUUUCAGAUUCCCAAGAUGAGUGCUUUGAAUAUGUUCCGAUCCUAGAAACUAUAAAAGCAGUUGCUGGGGUGCGCAAGCUUUUUGGAGAGUUCAAAGAAUCAUGUUCAACCCUCUUGCAAGACAUAUCUGAUGGCAGCUAUUUCAAAGAGCACAGCAUAUUUAGAAAUGCCAGCACCAAAAGAUUAUUGGCCAUUCAGCUCUAUUUUGAUGACUUUGAAAUCUGUAACCCCCUAGGAAGCAAACGUGGAAAGCAUAAACUUCUGGCUGGGUACUUAACAAUCUUAAACCUUCCACCACAAUCGCAGUCAAAGCUAAAUGAUAAAUACCUUGUAAUGCUUGCAAGGACAUUCCUUGUGACCAAAUUCACUCUUCAUAAAAUUCUUGAGCCACUUCUUAAAGAUCUGCAGCAACUAGAAGCAAAUGGCAUUGAGCUUAACGGAGAAAUUGUGAAAGGCUCGCUUUUGUUUGUGAGCGGUGACAACCUAUCAAGCCACCAACUUGGUGGUUUCCGUGAAUGUUUCUCAUCUGGCCCUAUCUGCCGGUACUGCAUGGCAACCAGAAAUGAAAUUAAUGACAAAUGGCAUGAAGAUGACUUUGUUAUUAGAACAAAGGAAAUGCAUGCUCGUCAUAUUCAACUCAUAAAGCAAGAUCCAACUCUCUCUAAUACGUAUGGUGUUACAGGUGAAAGCUGUCUAAGUGCUCUUCAUUCUUUUGAUGUGACUCAAGGCUUGCCACCAGACGUUAUGCAUGACCUUUAUGAAGGGGUCAUCCCAUUUGUCAUGAAGCAUGUCAUCCAGCACAUUGUAUCAAGUCAGCUUCUAACUCUAGACCAGCUGAAUGAGCGGCUUGCCAAAUUUCCUUUUCAAGGAGGGGACAAAAAGUCUAGACUGCCUCCCCUGUCACGUGCAGCAGUGUUUGGGAGAACAACCAUCAAGGGGUCAGCUGCUGAAAAGCUCUGCUUUUUUCGUUUUUUCUCUCUGCUCGUCGGAGACAGUGUCCCACAAGGAAAUCCUGCCUAUCAAGUAUACCUCGAACUCCGUGCUAUAGUCGACAUUGUUCUUGCACCACAGGUGACUCGUGGUUCAGUUGCCUAUUUGAAGGUGCUUAUUGAGGACUUCUACAGUGCAUUUAAGGAAACUUUUGCAGAUGUGAGCAUUAUCCCAAAGAUGCACUAUCUGAUUCAUUACCCCAGCCUUCUACUUUUGUACGGCCCUCUUUCUAAACUGUCCUGCAUGCGUUUUGAAGCAAAGCACCAAUUUUUUAAGUCACUCACUAGGAAAGUACGCAACUUCAAGAACAUUUCUUCAACACUGAGUCGUCGACAUCAAAUGCAACUUAUGUAUGCCUUGACACAACCUCAAGAAUCACUGACUGUCAUAGGGAGCAAGAGACUAGAGCCAGACUCAUUACCUGACCUCUUGAAAGACAGACUUCAAGAACUCUGCCUGACUACAGCAGACGUGCACUGUGUGGAUUCUGUUACUAUUUCUGGAAGGAUGCUAAGUGUGGGUGCUGUCAUACCUUUGCUUGUACCAGAUGAUGACCUUCCCGAGUUUGCUAAAGUGGCACUGAUUGCAGUUUGUGACCUCAAGUUGUUUGUUUUUGCCACCAUUCUUGACACAAAGUAUUUUGAUGAACAUUUUCAUGCCUUUGUUGUAGAGAGCACAGCUCAUAAUGUCGUAAUUGAAAAUGUUCAGCACUGUGGGGAAUUUUAUGACCUGCUGUACAUGUACAAACAGGGAGGCAAUAACUAUGUUAGCCCUCGUUAUGCUUUCCUCACAGAUUCAGAUGAGUAACAUGCAGCAGAAAAGCUCUAAACUUCUACAUUUCAUGCUCAUGUUUGGUUUUUCUGUAAGCAUGUUCAUUCAUUCAAAUAACUUUAUUGAGUGCCCUGCGAUUUGGUGGGGUGGGCCUGGACCCCGCCUAGGCACUGGCCAGGGGUUGUUGGCCCUUGUCGACUUCCUCGGUUUGUUGACCGGCCCAGAGUUGGUGCUGCAGGUCCGAGCUGAGCAACGCAGACUCCCAGCGCGCGCGCGGAGGUUGUCGCUGUUUAAGGCUGCACUACUGUUAUUGUGUAUUAUACCCUUACAUUCCCAUAGGAUAUGCUCAAGGGUGGCUCUAGAGUCGCAAUGUCUGCACUUGUCAACCAUGUAUAAAUCUGGGUGGUGCAUGACAGCUCGACUUGGAUAGGAUCUGGUUUGUAACUGCCGCCAUUCGACACUGUUUUCUGCCUAAUUUUGGGUGAGGCGGCGGGAAUGUGCGCCUCUGCAAUCUGUGGUGUUGUGUAAUUUCGUGAAAUCUGGUCGUUCGAUCUUCCCACUCCCACUCAUCAUUAGUUGGUGAGG